AUGCCCAAAUUCCGUGUUUUCUUAAGGCUCUCAUGCCCUACACUCCCCUCUUGUGGAUGCUUAGAGUUGACUGCUUCAGAUGUCAGGUGCAAGGCAAGUCUCCUAGAGAUGUUUGACGACGCGGAUGACUUUCAAACGGAAUACCUUGGCCGCAUGACAGUUGUCACAGCAGACUUGACCCCAGAAACUGCAGCUGAAGCCCUGUUCCCGGAGGAUCUUCAAGGAGAGCCCGAGAUCUCAGCAGGGGAGGGCGACAAGUGCGACGUCUACAUCAGCGAAGCAGGCAUUUGUCAUAUAUUCGACGCCUUGCGCAUGCGCUUCGCCGCAUCUCCGCCGAAACGCAAACCGCGCCUCAUUAGCGUCGGUUCUCUUUCCAUUGACGAGCAGAUCGAUGAUACUCCCGACCAGCUGGCAACGGAAGUAAGACCUCUUUACUUAUGGUUCAUGGGGAUGGUCAGUGAGGAAGUUCACGACAACGAGAUAUUUCUCCGGGAGCUGCCUUACGGCAGUGAAGGUAGUGAUACCAGCAGCUAUGAUUCGUCCAGCGAGUGCGACCCAAGCAGCAGUCUGCACAGCAGUAUGAGCAGCUUUUUAUCUCGAGACUGGGACCAGCCCAAGGUAAACUUUCCACCCAGGACGCCAUAUGACGACAAGAUUGAAAUGGAGUAUGCAAUCAGCGAUAAAUGCAACAAGGAACUCUACAGUUCCAGUCUGAUUGUGAGGCCGACCUUACUUACAUACACCAAGCCAUGUGGAGUUGAGGCAGUACGAGUUGGCCGGGAGGGAAACCCGCAGUCAGGCUGGACAAUCAGCAGAUUUGACGCCGGCCAUUGGCUGUACCAAUAUGGUAUUUGCGGCAGUUUGGAAGGCAUUGCUACAAUUACAACGUAG